GUUAAGUGUCCCCCUUGUUUGCGUCUGUGUCCGUACCAACAACCUGGACGUUGUCGUCUUCUUCUUCGGUGGAGGAGGAAAGUCGGUCAGUGGGACUGGUGCAGCUCCUCGAUCCGGCAUCGCGGCGGGGUCUGUACGUGUGUGUGCUCCGGAUUCGCGGUUCGUCAUUCGAAGAGAGAAAUUCAGCGCGCGCGUUGUUCCGGAGAUAUUCGUAUUGUUGCGUUUUUAAAAUCGCGCGCGUAUUUUAAAAAACAAAAAAGGGACAGUUUUUUUAAGUGUAUGAUUGGAUUUUUUCAAAUAUAUAUUUUAAGGAUUUGUGUCAUACUUUAAUGAAUGUACCAACUAUGGCACUUGGAUAUUAUUUGAUGAUCGGUCUGGUGCUGUUUUCUAUAGCAAAUGUCAGCGCAAGAAAUAAAAGUUCUACAUUAGAAUCGUCAUCAAAAUGCCCCAUGCUAACCGAGUGUCCCUUCAAAGCUGAACAAUGCGAAGAAGACGAUGACUGUAAUGCAGAUGCUGUCUGUUGCAAAAGCCCAUGCGGAAAAAUUUGCACCAAACAACUAUUUACUGGCUGUCAAACUUUAAGGAUGGCCGCUUCCAGGCGAGCCAAAGCUCUUGGUGUCGAACCCAAAUCUGUUCGAAUGCCUCGUUGCAAUAAAAAUGGAGGUUUCGAACCAAUCCAGUGCGAUAACGAGAUUAUCAGUUCCUGCUGGUGUGUGGACGAAGCAGGAUUUGAAUUGCCUGGCACAAGGGCACCUGCAGCUUCACUAGUUAAUUGUACAGCACCAAAAUCUUGUGCUGAAGCCACCUGUCGCAUGUUCUGUCCUCAUGGUUUCGCUCUGGAUAACCACGGUUGUCCAAAAUGCAAGUGCAGAGACCCGUGCGAUGAUAUCAACUGUCCACAUGCCUUGGAAUGUCAUUUGGAGGAACUGGCUUGCGCAGAUCCACCGUGUCCUCCUGUUCCUACUUGUAAAAGAGGCAGAAGUCUGGACAACAUUUGCCCCGUUGGUGAUCCACUUCGUGUCAGUGAUACGGUGCGUCCAUUUUUAUGCGGCACCGACCCUGGCAAACCCAGCUGUCCACCUCUGUACCAGUGCUUAGUCCAGAAAGGCAACGAUUACGGAGUUUGCUGUCCGGCAUCGUUGAAAAUACAGAAAACUGGACAGUGUCCUAUUGAGCCUGAGGCUGGAUUUGAGUGUGGAAUUAUGUGUACUCACGAUCUGGAAUGUCCAUCGGUACAGAAAUGUUGUCAGACUGAAAAGUGUGGGUCGUCUUGUAUGCAUCCGAAAAAUAUUACAGAAUGUUAUCAUCAGAAAGCCCUAUCGGAAGUCUUAGCGGUUAGUGAAAGAGCAGGGCGUGGUUAUAUACCCCAAUGUACCGACGAUGGUCAAUUUGAACCCAGACAGUGCAGCAGAAACGGAUUGGUUUGUUGGUGCGUGGACAGGAUGGGCAGGAAAAUUCGAGGAUCUAUGGGACCCUCCGAUAUUGUAAAUUGUUCCAUCGUGGAUGCGCGUUCACAAACAGUGGCUAGAAGCUUAGAUAAUAAAGGCAACGAAUGUGAGCGUCUAGAAUGUGCUGCAGUGUGCGAAUAUGGUUUCAAAUUGGGAGAAGAUGGCUGUCACACGUGCAAAUGUGACGAUCCUUGUGACGGAUACACGUGUCCAGAGGAUGAGGAAUGCGUCAAUGUCAAGGAAUCAACGUGUAGCGAUUUCUUAUGUCCAUCUUUACCCGUCUGUCGUCCAAAAGCUGUGUACGCCAACCCCUGCGACCAAGGCACGCCUCUGACCGAUGAUCUCAGCGGUGCCCCAGUAGCCUGCGCGCUCAGAUCUGAAGACGGUACUCUUUGUCCUGCAUCGUACGAAUGUACAGCGGUACCUGGAUCGACUCAAGCAGUCUGUUGUCCAAUGGAAGAAGUGGAGGAAAAGGAUCAGUUGGAAGGAGAAGCCUCGGAGGAUUUCAAUCGGGAAGAAGAGAGACCACAAACGAUGUGUGAAUAUCUCCACGAUUUCUCAGAAAGUAUGGAAGGUACCAGGGAAGGUAUGAACUUGGCCCUACCAACUCCAGAAUGUGAUUUCGAAGGUAACUACUUCCCUACUCAGUGCGAUCCAAAAACGAAAGAAUGCUGGUGUGUGGAUAGCUUUGGAACAGAAAUACCAAAAACCAGGACGAAAGAUAACUCAACUAACUGCGAAGAAUUGAGAAACAAUAGCGAAUGUCUUGAUUUAACUUGUAGAAUGGGAUGCGAAUAUGGAUUCAUAUUAUCAGAGGAAACAGGAUGUCCUACUUGUCAGUGCCGAGAUCCUUGCACUAGCGUUACUUGCAACGAUGAUGAGCAGUGUCAGUUGGUCGAGGUUAGCUGUAAAGAUCAUUAUUGUCCACCUGUUCCCGCAUGCCUCCCUAAAAAGGUCGGUCAAUGUCCUUACUUAGUACCAGCAACAUCGACAACUUGCGAUUUCGAAUGCUACUCAGACUCCAUCUGCAACGGAACAAUGAGGUGUUGCUCGAACGGUUGUGGUACUCAAUGCGUAGAACCCUUACUCUAUACCGCUUGUCAGCAUCAGAAAACACUAGCAGAACAUCAGGCUCAUGAGUCUGGAAUGCCUGCGGGAAAAGUAUAUAUUCCUUCCUGCGAGGGUGAUGGCAGUUUUAGCAAAAAGCAGUGUCAUCCAGGUACAAAAGAAUGCUGGUGCGUGGAUGAUAGAGGCUUCGAAAUCUCAGAAUCCAGAACCAGAAACGACAUUUUAUCUUGUGAUCCUUCUCCAAAAUCUACCAACUGUCCCUUACUGAAUUGCAGAGACGACUGUGAACAUGGGUUUGAAAUAAACGAACAAGGUUGUAGAACUUGUGAGUGUAUCGAUCCUUGCACAAAGAUAUCUUGCAGAGGUGAAGGUGAAAUGUGCCGGUUGGUUACUGUGGAAUGCGUGAAUUGGCCUUGUCCAUCUGUACCCAUGUGUUUGCCAAAGAAAGAAAACCCUUGUCAACAUGGUGAACCGCUAAAGUUGAGUUCUACAGACGAUUUGUUUACUUGCGGUCCUGAAUCAGAAAGUUGUCCGUCUACUCACAAAUGUCAGUUGAGUCCUGUAGGAGAAUACGCGGUGUGCUGUCCCAAACCAAGAGAUGUAUGCUUUGAACCACUUGAUAAAGGAAAAUGUUUGGACACAACUCAAAGUAAAAACGAAACAAGGUUUUAUUUCAACGCAAAAACCAACAGAUGUGAAACCUUUACGUACGCUGGAUGCCAAGGAAACCACAACAACUUCCAUACAGAAUCGACCUGCAAUUCUGUUUGCCCAGUAUUGAGCCAAUGCGAGCGUCUGAGGGAAAAGAACCAAAAACAAGCCAAAAGGUACAACAAACCCACUUUUGCACCACGCUGUGAUCAUGAAUCCGGUAAUUGGCAGCCAGUUCAAUGCUUGGAACAUGUCGGUGUCUGCUGGUGCGUCACUCCAAACGGUGAACCGCUCAAAGGAACCUUAACUCGCGGUGCUGAACCAGAAUGCAACUUCAGACAAGCUAGGAACAGGGCUAGUAAUAGGAUGGAUGCAAGCGAAGCUGAUUUGGUGCUCGAGGAACUAAUGAUGCAACUGGGAUCUAUAGACGAAGAAAGCUCCUCAUCUGAAGUAUCAAUUGACAGAAUAGAUGUUGACGUUGAUUUACCAAUAAGCACAAGAUGCCAGGCAUUAGGUGGCCAAUGUGACGAGUCUGGAAAAUUCUUGCCAACACAGUGCGAAGACGACACGUGUUGGUGUGUGGAUGAAGCUGGAAAUCAACUGUCUGGAACUAGCACUUUUGCCAGAGCACAUCACAAUUGUUCUGCUGUACCACUAGAAAGCGCCGAAGUCAUCCUAGGAUUCAGGGGUGAAUUCGAUGACAUCACUUCGGCUCCGGUAGUGAACCAAAUCACCAGAAUAGUGAACAGCCUUAAUGGAAACAUUAACGAUAACGGAAUCAUGACUGAAGUUACUCCAGAUGCUCUUUACAUCAAGUUUUCACUGAUCGGUGCCAGUAAAGUUGAUGUUGCUUACCAAUUAGAGCAAAUGGUUAUGCAACAGGCUUUGCCAGGUUUGACAGCGGACAUAACUAGAUCGAGGGUCAUUCACAAGUUACUGUCCCAGGAGGGUAUUCUUGGACAAAAGCCCACGGCUGCUGGACAUAGAGAAGUCGUGUCACAAGCUCCGGUUUCUGUGAUAGCACCAUAUCACACAGCUUUGAUAGUUAUAGCUGCUGGUUCAGCUUUUGUGAUUUCUGUGCUGACUGUGUUGGUCAUAUUAUAUCGUAGGAAGAUGAAUACCCUAAGCCAACAAAAAAUCGUCCAAGAUACAAGGUUUACACCGAACAACAGACCAAUCUACAUAGAACUAUCCAACGAAAAGUACAAUAAUAUUUCUGCUUCUACAGAGCCAGUGAAAAAACCGUGACCUACGCUACUGCUAAAAUCAAAAUGAUUUUCCUUGUAUAUUUAUGUAAAACUGAUAUUGGGUUACCGAAAUAAUCGAAACAUUGCCAUUUGAACCGUAACUAAAAUGAUUUUUUUUAAACAAUUUAAAAAAAUCAAAUACUUGUUCUAUAACAAAUGUAAAUGGUAUUUUGAAAAAAUAAAAUAAUAUUUUUUUUCAUAGCUGUUAAAAUUGCCUUAUAUCUAUCAAAAAUAGUAGAUUAAAUAUUACUUUAACCGCAAGGGUAGAUUAAAUGAUACUUUAACAGCGAGGAU